AGCCUGAAGACUCUGAAAGAUGUGAAAGCAUGGAGCUGGACAAUGAAAUCCUGGAUCUGAUUGAGAGGAGUGCUUCUCCUGAUCCCAGAGGGGUCGCCGCAAGGGCCAUGCUGAGUCACAGAAGUUCACAUUCUCUACAGGCUCCAGGAAAAACAGCUUCCAUGGCACAUUUUGUACAGGGCACCACUAGAAUGAGUGCCCCAGAAAGUUCUACGGAGCACAUGGAGAGUGCUAAAUCAUCAAAAGGAAAGAACUCGACAAAUUCUCUUGAACAAAAGAUAAGAUGCUUGGAAAAACAGAGAAAGGAGCUCCUAGAAGUUAACCGGCAAUGGGAUCAGCAAUUUAGAAGUAUGAAAGCAUUAUAUGAAAGAAAGGUAACAGAGCUGAAAAUGAAACUGGACACAACAGAAAGAUCCCUCAGCACCCUGGAGAAGGAGCAGCCACCGAGCCAGAGGGCCAGCAACAGGCCGCAUGAAGUCGUCCAGGAGCCACGGAAGCUAGAGGAGAAGGAAAAGGAGAUCCUAAAUGAAGAAUUACAUGAGUUGAAGAAAGAGAAUAAGCUUUUAAAGGAAAAAAAUGCUCUCGUGAACAGGCAGAAGGAACACUAUGAAUGUGAAAUAAAACGCCUCAAUAAGGUUCUUCAGGAUGCCUUGAAAAUCGAGUGUUCUUCAUUUCCUGAGAACUGUUUGGGGAAGUCCGAAAAGGAGUGCAGCCACGAGGAGAUGAGAACAGAAAUGGAAGUUCUCAAACAGCAGGUGCAAAUAUAUGAAGAAGACUUCCAAAGGGAACGGUCAGACCGAGAGAGACUUAAUCAAGAGAAAGAGGAGCUACAGCAAAUUAACCAAACUUCUCAAUCCCAGUUGAACAAACUGAAGUCUAAGAUAAAAACUUGCCAAAUGGAGAAGGAAAAACUAGAACAGCAAUUGAAACAGAUGGGUCGUCCAACCUGUAACUGCGGCUCGGGUCCCCAGCUGCGGGCUCCAUGCGGACCCACUGGCCCUCGGGCUGAGCAGGACCUACAGAAGCACCUGCCAGACUAUCAGUGGUAUGCUCCUGACCAGUUUCCGCCAGAUGUGCAGCACAAGGCGAAUGGUUUCUCCUCAGAAAAGAAAGUCAAUCAGUAGCGUGCGGGCGAAGGGAGAGCCAGGCUGGGCCCUCGUUUUUCUUUUCACUGUAUCUUGUGUCUGUCUCUACUGCACGUCAUCUGCACCACCCUCCGUGCCAUGUUUCCCUUGGGCAUCGAUGGAGAAAACGGCUCGUGGCGGCUGAGAUCCUGACCCAGUCUGCGGGGCCAGGACCACCCAAGCAGACGCAUCGGCCAGUGUCCUUGCAACAAGAUUUGGCAGAUGGAUUACGCCCCACUCCCCGAAACCCCUCAGCGUAUUGCUGUUGGAUUUACAGGGACGACUUUGUGAUUUCAGCAACGCCCCUCUGGGUGUAGUAAUGUUGCCUGCUGACUGAAACAUACAUUCCCUGGGGGGAAAGUAUCCGCACUUUUAACUUUUUAGCCUUGCGCCCAUAUUUUCAUAGGGGCUUCUUAGUUCUUUAGCCAGUGUAACUAGAUACUCUGUGUGUCACUGUUGGCUUCAGUGAGCCUAUAAAUAGGAUUGAAGAGGUGUGUGUACUUCCUUAAAUGAAAUGAGUUUUUCAAUCCGAAUAAAAUGAUAAACUUGACACUAUUCCUUAAACAGAUCAUUCCUUUAAGAUGAUGAGAAACUGUGAGCCUACUUCAUUUUUAGGUGGACUAGAUUGUGAAAGAUGAACUAACAUGAUGGUGACGACUUAGCUGCGUCCAUAGGUACUUACAGAAGUACAAUAGUUCAGUGAAAUCUGUUUUUCCUCCCUAUGGAUGUGAGUAGUAAUUAAUGAAAAACAUAACUGUGACUUCUCAAACCAAUGAAAAUGGAAAACAAAUGCAUCCAAUUUUAUUGCAAUUAAAUUGCAUGGUGGCACGACAGAUGUCUAAUAAUGAAGUAGAUUUAAAAAUAUUAAGUUCAUCCAUUUAAUGAGGAUUCUGCUAGGACCGCCUGGAGACGCUACUUGUGAGGAGAGUGAGACCCACGGAUAUUGGUACUUCUAGAAGCACCAAGAGAAAACCAGGAGCAGCAACUGAAGAUUGUCACAUAAAACAAUCCAGACAUACCAUUGAGACUAUCUAGCUACAACGUCCAGAAGUUACACUGUUUAAUUCCAGCUCAAACUUUUUUUUUUUCAAUUUCUGGAAAUACCUGAACCUUUGUAUAGAGGAAAGGUAAAAGAGCCUUUGAACGUUAAAUACUUUCAGCAUCAGUCUUUAAUUACUCAAACACAAUUCUUGAGGAGGAAUUAUCCUUCUCUUGCAUUAAUUGCUACUACUCAUUAAAGAGACAACUCAUUCUUGGGCAAUAGUUCAGUAUAUGUGAAUCAGAAAUAACAGAAUUAAUAAGUCAGUUGCACUGAAACAUUUUAGCGCUUUUUAAAAUCGUCCGUUUUCUCAGAUCAGUGAAGAAGUCACUAUAAUAUCAGCUUCUAGUGGUGGAUUAAGUUUGCCAACAAGAAGUCACCCCGAUAAGCUCACUAUAGCUCAAUUCCACAGCAGUAAAACAUGAAGUAACCAUCCUUUUACUAUCACUGACGUCAUCCUAUUACUAAUAAGCAAGUUGUCAAACAUUGACAAGAUUGUACAAAUGCUCAUAGAAGGGGACAACAUCCAAUUCAGUGAGACCUGGUUUAUUUGAACUUCAAGUGGCUGACUGCAAAUGUGAGAAGAGGGCCCCUUGCUCAGAGCACAUCUGCCCUUCCGAGAAGACAAAUUUCCACUACCCUGGCCUGAGAGCCCCUUCUGUGUCUCUCUCCCCACACCAUUUCGUUGGGGACUUCUCUGUCUCAGCUCAUUACGAGGGUCAUACCCCUCUGUGGAGGCACUUGCUUCAUUAUCACACACUAUUUAUGGAACUUUCACUUUAUGCCAACCAAUAUCAGAAGGAAGAGCACAAUUUAUGAGGCUCAUGACAUACUGUUUUGGUAAACUAAACCCAAAUCUUAGAGCCUCCCGAUGUGCUUGCCUUGUCACUGGGAAUCAGUUUGCUGGGAAAAUCCAUCUUACUGAUCUUCCUGAGUCUGCUACUGACUGGCAGGCAGGUGAGUGCACAGAUGGUUGGCGAUUCCAUUUGCACAUCUGUGGGGGAACCUCAUGGCCUCCUGCUCCCUGAUCUGCAGCCGCAGGAUGAUGACCCACACCGUGAGUGGACCCCUCCCACACACACAGCGGGCAAGAACAAUCUCAUCCAGACACCUCUGCAGGCAGGAGAGCUGCGUAUGUGGCAGUGGAAGAAAAAGGGGCUGGAGAGACUUGUUUCUUUCUUGGUUUCCAAGCAUCCAUUCCAUCUUCUUUUUCGAAUACUAUCUCAAUAUCCUUUAGGAAAGUUAUCUCUUUCCCCACUGGACCCAGUUUCAUCUAAAGUGCCCUGUCUCCUAGGCACGGGACAGUCAUGUGAUCCAAACCAGGCCAAGUGGAAAGUCCUUUGCUGGCAUUUGAGCUUCAAGCCCGCA